AUGACCAACCAGAUGAUCAUCAACUGCAAGGCCUAUUUAUUGGGCGAUGAGCAUCCGGACAAGCUGUGGGAGACGAAGCCUGUAGUAUUGAUAAAGAAGCUCCGGGCUUGUCUCAAUCUCAACGAGGUAUACCAAGAACAGUACCAUUUCAAUAGGAAGAAGCUCCUAGCGCUACCGAAGGGAAAGCAGUUUGACUUCUCGGAGACUCAGAUUUUCGGGAGGUUUGACCUGUUCUGCCGCCGCGUGCUCAAGCUAGUGGAUAUGUUCUCGACCGUCCAUCAAUUCGAGUCACUGGCCGCGUGUCGGUUUGACGGUAUGGAACAACUAGUGGUCAGCUCCCGCACCAUUAUGGAGGAGUUCCGGAACAAACGACAUGACCUUCUAGAUUUCCACAACAACCGGUUCGAUCGCGAUUAUGUCGAAUUCAACGUCCGGAUUGCCGACCUAGAGAGCGCACUACAGCAGUUCAUCAAUCAGAGCUUCGAGAGCAUCACUUCUAUCGAGUCCAGUCUAAACUUGCUGAAGAGCUACCAAUCGAUUUUGCAGCGUGAGAGCCUCAAGGCCGAUCUCGAGAGCAAGUACACUGUCAUCUUUCACAAUUACGGUGUAGAACUGACACAGAUUCAAGAUUCUUAUGAGAAACUGAAAGCGUCACCGCCGUUAGUGAGAAAUUUGCCUCCGGUCGCGGGUAACAUUACAUGGAGUCGUCAUCUGCUCCGGCGAAUCGAAGGGCCGAUGAAACGCUUUCAGAAGAAUCCGACUAUUCUCCAAAGCAAGGAUGCUCGCAAAAUCAUCAGAAUGUACAACAAGAUGGCGAAGACUUUGGUCGAGUUCGAGACGUUGUGGUAUGAGGCAUGGCUCAACUCAAUCGAGGUUGCCAAGAGCGGGCUCCAUGCUACACUGAUGUCCGACAUCCUGAUGACGCAAAUUCUAU